AUGUCUUCUUCAUCUCCUUUAGCAUGGUCGCUGAGUUCAAAUUUUUCCACAGAAGAAAACCCCGUUUCAGUAUGGUCCUAUGGUUUAAAACCGGGUUAUCUGCUAAAUGGAAACUUCAGCUUAUUUACAAACCCAUUGUGGGACUCAAAAGGUAGCGGAGUUGUUGCUUGGUUUACGGAAGACAAUAAAUGGAAUGCAGAUUGGUUGGGUAUUUAUUACAAUUCCAAACAAACAUCUACUCUUUUAGUGUACGGUAGCAAUAUGACUUUCACUGCUCACGGUGUUUGUAUGCACCCUGGCAAUAAUGACAAAGAAUUUGCUGUUGUUAGAUUCACUGCACCAGUAAAUGGAACAUAUACUAUAAGCGUAAUAUUCACACAUGUUGAUGACAAUGUAAUUCAGUCAAAUACAUAUACAGGCGCAUAUGUAAUGUAUAACAAUGAAAUUCUUUGGGAGGAAGUUAUAUUCGGUUAUGUCUCAAAAUCAUUCAUAACAAAUGGCGACGGGAUUGAAGUAAGAGAAAACGAUAAAAUCGAUUUCCUUUUAGGCGUAGGUAAAGAUGGUACAUUUCAUAUGACUGAUGUCAAUGUGGAUAUCUCAGCCCAACAAUCAGUCAUCAACUCAUCAACCCCAACCAUCAACUCAUCAACCCCAAUCAUCCCAUCAACCCCAACUAAUGUAAUUGAAAAUAAUAAUAGAAAAAAUUACUUGGUUGGUGGAUCAAUUGGAUUAAUAUUGGGCCUCUUUAUUGGAGUUGAAAGUGUUCUUCGACUUGAUUUUCAAGGAGGUCGUUCCUCUAUAGCAAUUUUAGAUGAAACCAAUAUCAUUAUACGUCAAAUAUCUAAUAUUGAUAACAAAUACCAACCACGUAGAGGUGAAAAUAUUAAACUUCUUUAUGAUCUAGAUAAAAGUUCAGAAGAGGUCUUAGAAUGCUCAAAAAGGGUAAGCAUUGCUUGGCAUGGUAAUGGAAGAAAAGCUAGUUGGUGGAGUCUAGUAUUACUUGUGAUUUAUAAUCCUGAAACAGAAACACUUGAGAGUGUUCGCAAGUAUCAAGAAAUUUGGAAAGUAAAAGCUGAUAUCAUGAUUUCACCUAUUCACAAACCAGCGUUUGGUAGAGUUGAUCCAAAUAGAGGCUUGUCAUUGAAAUUUCCAAGAGUACGAGAAGACAAAUCAAUAGAUGAUGUUACUAAGAGCGAUCAAAAUUUUGGAAAUGUUCUUUAA